GGGUAUAACUAUGUAACAUGACUUGGGUAUCAACAUCAAAGAUUCUCUCUUGUUUUUUAUUUGUCAUAUUUUUUCAAGGAUGUUGGUCUAGAUCUCAACCCAGUGUGAACUGCACCAGUUUGGAUUGUACAAUUAACAUCAGUUGUACGGUCAUCAAUCUUGACUAUGUGGACUGCAAUUGGACCACAGCACAAAUGUGGGAGAUGAACUACACCUUCAGUAGUGUAUUUCAGAGGCAAGGUUCAUAUCAGGAGUGUUCAGAGUACCUUCAAGAGCAUGGUCAUAAUGUAGGCUGUAGGAUUCCUCUUGAAGAUCAAGCACAAAGGUUCAAUUCUAUCUAUACAAAGCUGUACAUGGGAAGUAAUCAGUUCAUCUCUAGAAAUUACACAACUCUCAAAGAAAGAGUGAAGCUCAACUCCCCUUAUAACGUCUCUGCCAAAUGGAAUUCCAAAGAUGAGCUGUGCCUGCAUUGGGUGAACCUUGUUAAGAAGGUGUCCUGUGUGGUCAAUAUGGUUCGCUAUCGGAGAGACGCUGACCCAUGGCAGAGCCACACUGCAACAGGGCUGUCCUCUCACUACUGCAUAUCUCAUGCCUCCAAGCUAGCUGUUUAUACUUUCCAAGUAAGGAGCAAUAUGAAGGAGGCCUGCGGUCCUUCAGAGCUUUGGAGUGACUGGAGUGAUCCAGUUCACUGGAGAAACUACACAGCAAGCACAGAAGAAUCACAGUUUCAGGAGUGGCUGCAAGUGUUUGCCUCUGUGUUGGGUGCCAUUAUUCUUAUCGGCCUUGCUGUGCUUCUGUGCUAUUAUGAAAGGAUAAGGGUCGUUUUACUUCAUGUGGUACCUGACCCAAGCAAGAACCUGCAGAAUUUGUUUCAGAAAUACAAUGGGAAUGUCGAGAGCUGGGUUCAUGUCUCCCGAGAGCUGAAGGAGGCUUUCGACCCAGACUACACAGAUGCUCCCUGUGUCGUGUGCGAUCCCAAUGACACACCUGAGCCUCCAGGCCGGGAUGGGCCUGCGGAACAGCCUUCCUCUUAAGCUGAUCUACUGUGUUCCUCAUAUUUUGGCCAAGUUGCUAUCAGCAAGCACCUUGUGCAUAAUUUGGAUCCACUUAUUUAGUGUAACAAUAUAUGAGCAGGUCUUAGGCUGUAAAGUGAGAGAAACAUUUUUUGGUUAUUUUAUUAUUCAUGUCUUUGUUUUGUGUGUUAUAAAUGGUUGGUAGUCACUAGGCUGACAGAGCAAAAACAUGAUGAGUGAAAAAUGAGGGUCCUCCAUGUGUAACUGUUUUAACCAGCAUCUGUAUUUGUAUUUUCCUCAUUCUGCAAUUGUCAUGAGAACUGAAACUAAACCAAAGCAAAGGAAAGAAUGUUAUUUAAAUAAUUUUGACAGAACAUCUACUUCUACGAAGACUACUAUGUCACUUAAGUGAUUUUUUUUGUAGUAAUUUCCUAAGCUAAGAUUUUUCAAAAGGUACUUAGGUUCAUAAAAUAAUAAAGCAAUUUCUUUAAGUUA